GGCUGCUCCGCCCCGCGCGCUCAGUGCGAGCCCUGGCGGCGGCGGCUCCGGUCCGGCUCGCGGAGCAGGCGGCCCCGCCCCCAGCCAUGGCGCUGCUGCUGGAGCACGAGUUCCGGGUGCUGCCGGCGGACCGGGAGAUCGAGACCGGCCCCUUCCUGGACGCCGUGGCGCAUCUGCCGCCCUUCUUCGAUUGCCUUGGGACACCAAUAGUGUAUUCGCCAGUCAAAGCAGAUCUAGCUGGAAAUAUCAAGAAAAUCCGAGCAGUUUAUGAAUCAAAUCCCACCAAGUUCAAAACGCUAAAGAACAUUUUGGAAGUGGAGAAGGAAAUGUAUGGACCAGCGUGGCCGAAAACUGGUGCAACGCUGGCACUAAUGUGGCUAAAAAGGGGCCUGAAGUUCAUUCAAGUUCUCCUGCAGAGCCUUUCGGAUGGCGAGAGGGAUGAGGAAAACCCGAACCUCAUCAGAGUCAAUGCACUGAAAGCCUAUGAAAUAGCUCUGAAGAAAUAUCAUGGCUGGAUGCUGCAGAAGCUCUUUUCAGGAUCCAUCUAUGCUCUUCCCUACAAGUCGGAUUUACUGAAGGCUCUCGAGAAAGGAAAAGACGUGAAUGAGGAGGAGACUAUAGAGAAGAUCCAUCAGUUCCUAGCAAAAGCCACUCCUGUGCUGGAUGCGAUUUAUGAUAUGUACACAAAAAUGAAUGCAGAACUGAACUACAAAGCUUAACAUUUGCACAGGACUCCUACCAAGUAUAAAAUACACACUACCUUCACGCUGAAGUGGGAACCCUAAAUCACUGAGCACUGGGGCUGCUCCUGUUCAUCAAGUGACUGAGAUUCCUGGCCUGGAUAUGCAGGGAAUAGCCUGGUUUUUAAAUAGUCUUUUCUAUAGAAACAGAGCACUAAAAUAAUGAUUGUAUCUCAAAUCUUCAUGGAACUUCAAACAGGUGUUUACCAACUGGGGAGCAAUGAAACUUUCUACUCUUUGCUUAACAGAUUUCUUGAAAGCCUAUCUGGGGGAAUGAGGUGUAACUGACAACAAUGCUAAGAUGCUAUUUUCUGGCUUUACCUCACUUUUAGAUAAGUGUGUAUCUUGUGAAGAUAUUGGUAUAUAAUUUGGAUUGCCUGUAUAUUUAGAUAUGAUGAGUUUGUACUCCCAUUGCAGCAGUUACCUAUGAUGGCCUGUGUGCAGGGUGAAUGUGGUUAAACAGCUUGAUUACACUGUGACUGAGAAGCUUCCAGAAUAAUGCCAGAAAUUUGCAAGAAAAUAAGCCUUCAGUGAUUUCUCUUCUCCGCUCCCCCGGUCACAUUGAUAUCUUGUAGGAUUCUGCGUUUCCUCCAGUGUGGGAAUGGUUUCUUCUGCCUACCUAUUUCUUCAGGGACAGUUACUCCAAGUUAAACCACUUGUAACGUCUAUGUGUAUCUUUCUAAAAAUUUCUCUCCAGAGACACAAGGUGCCUUAAUAGUGGUUUGUGACACAACUGAGCCUUACCUUAGCACAAUGCGGGAGGGAGGGGAGAGAACUUCAAAUAAAUGCUAAAAAUGAAA